CAAGGUGUCCAUGGAAACCCUGGGCGUGCUUCCUAGUUUGCUCCGCAGCGCGAUUUCGGGCAUGCCGCUCGCGAGCAGAGGUGCGGGGCUUCUGCUCCAGCCCCUGGAACCUCGCUUUGGGUGAAUAAAUGCAAAGAGCGAUAGCAGCAUUAUGGCGGUGAGGGAGCGAUUACACCAUGAAUGACAAGUACCAUAAGGCGGCUCGGGAUGGCUACCUCGACCUGCUUAAAGAGGCCACACGGAAGGACCUCAACGCACCUGAUGAAGAUGGAAUGACACCGACCUUAUGGGCCGCUUAUCACGGCAAUUUGGAAGCCCUACGAUUAGUCGUUGGGAGAGGAGGGAACCCUGAUAAGUGUGACAUAUGGGGAAAUACACCACUCCACCUGGCCGCUGCCAAUGGCCACCAGAACUGCCUGUCCUUCUUGGUGUCGUUUGGUGCCAACAUUUGGUGCCUGGACAACGACUACCACACGCCCCUGGACAUGGCCGCCACCAAGACCCACAUGGACUGUGUGCGCUACCUGGAUUCCAUCGCUGCCAAGCAGUCGGCCCUCAACCCCAAACUGGUGGGCAAGCUGAAGAACCGGGCGUUCCACGAUGCCGAGCGACGGAUCAAGGACUGUGUUAAGAUGCAGAGGAAGCACCACCGGCGCAUGGAGCGGAAGUUCCAGAAGGAGGCGCCGGAGGCCUCGGUGUCGGACGCCAUGAGCUUCUCCAGCUACACCGGCAGCAGCGCCAGCCGGGUACUCUUCAACACUGCCACAAUUAGUGUGCCAUACUCCCAGGCUACUCUUCAUGCCACAACCCGGGGUAAAACCAAGAUCCAGAAGAAGCUUGAGAAAAAGAAGCAGGGCGAUGGGACUUUUAAGAUCUACGAGGACGGCCGCAAGAGCGUUCGCUCUCUGUCCGGACUCCAGCUGGGCAACGACGUCAUGUUCCUGAAGCAGGGCACGUACGUGAACCCCAGUAACCGCUCUCGCCGAAACAUUCGCCACAUGUUCCCCUCUGACAACGAGGACUCAAUCUCUCGUGCCAUCAGCGAGCCGGACCUGCACGGGCCCUACGUGGACCACUCGGAGGUGAGCACCGACUCCGGCCACGACUCGCUCUUCAACCGGCCCGGCCUGGGCACCAUGGUGUUCCGCCGCAACUACGUGAGCGGGGGCCUGUUUGACAUCGGGGUGCGCGACGAGGGCAGCCUGGCGGGCCUGGAGGAGGCGACAACCAAAGUGCGCCUGCGUAGCCGGCUGCAGCGGUCGCCCAGCGCGGGCGAGGACAGCAUCGGCAGCGCCCACAGCCUGCAGCAGCGCAACAUGGAGGAUCUGCCCUGGGACGAGGUGGAACUGGGCCUGGACGACGACGACGAGCAGGAGAGCAACCCCUUGGAGGUGUUCCUGGCUGCCCAGCACAUGAACGAGUUCAUCCCCAUCCUCCGACGGGAGAAGAUCGACCUGGAGGCCCUGCUGCUCUGCUCCGAUGACGACCUGAAGGGCAUCCACAUACCCCUGGGGCCCCGGAAGAAGAUGAUGGACGCCUGCAAGAGACGCUUAGAGACCAUUGAGGACCCAGAGGCCAUGGAGGACACAGCACUAUAACAAGGUGCGCUCUCAGAAAUCCACAAGACUGUUGAAGAGUACUGGCCAAGCGGACACCCUGAAUCAAAGGGGUGAAGAACGUGAUUUGGAGAGUUGGACCAGUUGCCCUCACUGAGGGACUUCAGUGCACAGUCAUGAAAAAGUGCUGCUGUACAGAACUGAUAUCCUUGAGGUCACUGUAAUAGUUCUGACAGGCUGGUGUAUGUGCAGGUGUUAAUGCCAACCCAUUUUAACAUGACUUUAAAUUUAGGGACCAGACUUGCAUGUAAGACAUGGGCUAACUGGUGUAUUAAUAGUAUCAUUGAUUCAAUGGUCUAUUCUACGGUGUAUACAUUAGUGUCACCUAGUGCCGUUAGUUGUAAUUACACACCUUACAAUUACUUAACGUGACCUGAGUCCACGUGGGAUUGUGAUUGGCCACUCCUGUGCUUGUACUUGCCAUAGUUGUUGCCUUCGCCCAGUGUAUAUGCCAGUGUCUCUGUCCCUGUAGUGUUGACAGUUUGUGCAGGAGUUCUACUUUUAUACUACUUUCUAUGCUCUAUUUUCUUGGUGGGAGGAAUAGACCAAAAGUAUGGUCUGUCUCACAAAGGUCUCACAAUCUGCCAAGUACACAGAAUCCCAGAAAAUCCUUUGUGGCACAUUUGUGAGAUUGAAGUCUAGUCUGUUGGCUUCUUGGAAUGAGGAAUCUGAUGACACUGAGGAAUCUGUAACUCCAAGCAGUGAAUACUUUAAUCUUUCUCUCUCUUUCUCUCUCUUUCUCUCUCUCUGCCUCUCUCUGUCCUUUCUCUGACCUGUUGCAGCCCAGUGUCUCCCCCUUCUGGACAUUGUACAGUGUACAACUGAUGUGGUGCUCAGCUACCAGGUCGCUCUGGAGUGCUGUGAUCACCCCAUGCACAUAGUCUUCGAAAGGACACACUGUCCAGUAAACCUGAACAGAAUGUCAGUUUUCCUCAUCAGGAUACUCUGCCAUUCUGUUAUGUUCAUUAGUUUGGCUGACCACUUGGCCAAGUGAAGAGCGUGACCAGUGAACCUGAUUUCAGCGCUUUUAAUUUGAACAUUUGAUCACUAAAUGUUAGAAAUCCAUAAACAUGUAGCAUGUUAAUAUUUACAAACCUUAUUUUGUUUACUUGGCACCAUCAUCUGGUGUGAGGGUGACAAUGUAGAUGUUAUGUUAAAAGGCAGCCCAAUGAAACACUUCCUGUAGACAAUGUUACAAAAGCAGAUUGUCUGCAAGACAAUGUUGAGCUUCCUUAAUGUUAACAACGUUUACUGAAUACUGAAUAUUAUUUGAAUUGCCACUUUGGUGGUUAUGUAACAAUGUCAUAUCAGGGUCACAUUUACUAGAAGCUGAUAGGCCGACUGAGAUCAUUAUACUGUAAUAAUAUGCCAAAAUCACCUGUUCAUGUACAGUGGGUGGAAUGAACAUGCAUAGCCACCGUUUGAGGCAGCGGGAGUAGGUGAUCUACUUAAAAUGAACUUAUUUGCAUUCUUAAACCUUUGUAGUGAAUCACUUUAAGAAGAAAUCUUCUAGCGUCAGGUUUAGUUAGGGUGCAGUUGCGUUCUCUCAAGUACACACUUUUUGAUAUGCCUGCACUUGAAAUAGACAGUCAUUGUACUCAGGCCAUGCUUUUAUGUACUAAGUCAGAAAUGCACCCUUUUUAUUACACAGAGUUGGAAGUCCACCCAUUUUGCACGAGGACACCAGACACGGCUGGUAUUUUGCCAGUCUCCAUGUUUUGUUAUUCUCUGUAGUUUAUUAACAGCCUACAAAGCCUUGUGUAUGUACAUGGAGUCUGUCAUGGUCUCUGCUAUGUGCUGUUGUGUAUUGUAGCAUUUUACUCAGCGAUGUAAAAUUACUCUCUAGAAGCAUUUAUAAGACAAACAACUUGCAAAGGAUGGUUUAUGUAAAUUAAUUUCUCUGUAAAUAGUUGUAUUUAUAAUAUAUGUAUUUUUGUAUUUAAAUGUACUGAGGGAGAUUAAUUAAUUGCACAAAUAAACCCCCACAAUUUAUGGAAAACAAUCUGCAUUUCUG